AUGUUUUUAAAACGAACUUUCUUGGAACGUUUAGGUUCACCACAAUCGUUACUAAAUAAGAAUGCAACUCAUAAAAUUAUAAAUCUGCCAUUAGCUCGAAAUUAUUUUUUCCGAUGUUUCGUUUCGGUCAUUAAAGUUCCCAUUGAAUGCAAGAAAAAACGUCUAAAUGACAAACUACUCGCAAAAUAUCGUGAAUUUGGCCUAACCGUUCAGAGACAAGUCCACGUAACAGGGAGUUACUAUGCCCAAGUCCAGAAAACUCGAAAGGACCCAGAUAAAAAAGAAAAGAAAAUUACAAAAGAAGCAGUAAAUGAAUCUGUCGAAAUUCCAAGAGAAGACCCUUUGGAUUCGGAGAUUGAAGACCUAUUUCCAAUAAUCGCUACAACGGAAAUUGAAUCGUCUUCUGGAAUCAUAUCGACGGAGUUUGAAGCCGUCUAUUCUGAGAUACAAGAGAAAUCCCACUGGGAACUGCCAAAACACGUAAAUCCACGUCAUGGCCGUCUUACUAACUUAAUAUUCAAGACAACUAAUCGCGACGAAGCAAAGAUGCUGGCAAAAAUUUUUGCUCAAUGGCGUCGUAGACUACUACCGAUAACACGGAUAAAUACACGUUUUCUAGUAAAAAAAUUGGUAGCACCCGAGAUUUCUUCGUAUGACUUAGCUUUGGAGAUGAUUGCAGAUCGAUCAAAGUACGCGCUGAAACCGAACCGAGAAGUGUUUCGAUAUAUUAUGUUAUCGAUCGCCAACAAAAUAAUUUCAACAAGUGAGCUAGCAGAAAAAGAUAAUGUGACAGAACCAAAAAUGGAGGAGGAUACACUGAAAACUGAGGAAGGAAAAGAAGAAACGCGUCGUAACGAAUUAUCGGCACUGGAUGAUCUUUAUAAAACUUUUGGAUUGAUGACCUAUUACGAAUUGUCACCGUAUGAUGCGCAUCUAUAUACAAUUUUAAUAUCGGCGUCAUUAAAAUCAAAUACCAAAGAAGGUUGGAGAAGAGCCGAUGAGACGUGUAAAGAAUUUAUAAAAUCAUUUGAUGUUAUGGACAAAAGCUCAAUGGAGCUUAAUACAAUUUCACAUAGUGAACUUAUUCAAGGAGAUUUUGGAUCAAAAUGGUCAGAGGAAUCUGGGAUAAAUAAAGAUGUUGCUGAGCUACUGGAGAAAGAAAAAUUUGAUGAAUACACUAAUUCUGUAAAAAUUUCAAGACUAGUAACAGGCAUAGAGGUGGCCAUCAUCAUGGAGAAGUGGUAUCAAGAAAGAGGGAAUAUGGAAAUGUCUAGAAAGCUUAACGAAUUAAGGGAUAGAUGGGAAAAGGAAAUAAUAAAGAUAGAAGAACAUAUAAAAAAGCAAAGUUAA